AUGGCGGCGUCCGGCGCCCAGGGCGCAUCCCGUAAGACAAAUGGAGUCAUCCCGGCCUCUGGCCAGCAGCCCGCUGCUGAUGCGCCAAAGUCCAACAAGAGCCGAACUCCCAUCGAAGGCGACAAAGUGAUUAUCCGAAGACUGCCGCCCGGCAUGACGGAACAAGAGCUGUGGAAUAACCUUGGCGAUGAGUGGAAGGCCGGGAACGGGCUCGUCAGUUGGCACAACUUCGCGCAGGGAAAGAUCUCACAGGAGUACGUGCUUGCUCCUACGGCUUGA